AUGCCAGUCAGCAACGGCACCAACGGCGCCAUGACUCCAAGGCCAAAAGUCCUGAUCCCCGAAAAAGUCUCCCCUGAUGGCCUUGCCCUCCUCUCAGCCACGCUCGAAGUCCACGAACGGAAGGGAUUGAGCCCCGAGCAACUGCUAGAGAUAAUACCAGACUACGACGCCCUCAUCGUCAGAUCCGAGACCAAGGUCAGCGCGCAGCUCCUCAAUGCCGCGAAGAGACUGAAAGUCGUCGCUCGAGCCGGCGUAGGUGUGGACAAUGUGGAUGUGGAGACGGCGACGAAGAAUGGCAUUGUUGUUGUCAACUCGCCGUCAGGCAACAUCAAUGCUGCUGCGGAGCAUACCAUUGCUUUGAUGAUGGCCGUCGCCCGCAACGUAAGCGAAGCGUCCGCAAGCAUCAAAGCCGGUAAAUGGGAGCGGAGCAGACUAGUAGGCGUAGAGCUGAAAGGCAAGACCUUGGCCAUCGUCGGCCUCGGGAAGGUCGGCCUCACCGUCGCCCGCAUAGCCGGCGGCCUGGGCAUGCACCUCAUAGCCUACGACCCGUACGCCAACACCUCCCUCGCAGCCGCCGCCGCCGUGACCCUCCUUCCCGACCUCGCGAGCCUGCUCACCGCCGCCGACUUCUUCACAAUCCACACGCCGCUCAUCGCCUCGACAAAAGGCAUGAUCUCCGCCGCCGAGCUCGCGACCAUGAAGCCCGCAGCCCGUAUCCUCAACGUCGCGCGCGGCGGCAUGAUCGACGAGACCGCGUUGCUGGACGCGCUGUCCGCCGGCACCAUCGCGGGCGCUGGGCUGGACGUCUUCACCUCCGAGCCGCCGGGCCCGGACUCCCCGGCUGCAAGGCUGAUCGCGCAUCCCAAGGUGGUCGCGACGCCGCAUCUGGGCGCCUCGACGGUCGAAGCGCAAGAAAACGUCUCCAUCGACGUGUGCGAGCAAGUGCUGAGUAUCCUGUCGGGCCAGCUGCCCCGCUCAGCCGUCAACGCGCCCCUAAUCCUACCAGAAGAAUACCGCACGCUGCAGCCCUUCGUGUCGCUGGUCGAGAAGAUGGGCUCGCUCUACACGCAGCACUUCGCCUCGGGCGCGCGGCGGCCGGGCGGGAGCGGCAAUUUCCGCACCACCUUCGACCUGACGUACGAGGGCAGCCUCGCCGGUCUGAAUACCACGAAGCCGCUCUUCGCGGCGCUGGUCAAGGGCAUCCUGGCGCCCAUCUCCUCGCUCGACGGGCUGAACGUCAACAUCGUCAACGCCGAGCUCGUCGCCAAGGAGCGCGGCAUCCUGAUCAACGAGAACCGGAGCCGCGAGGACGUCGAGGAGAAGGGCUACACGAGCUUCGUGACCUUGCGUGCGCGGACGAGGCGCACGAGUAGCGUGCCGAGCAGUCAGGAGAGGGGCACGUUGAGUAGGCAGCAGAGCUCGGCGGCCGAUGUACGGCAGCAGCAGCAGCAGGAGGACCAGGUGAUUCAAGGCUUCGUGUCCGGGAACCUGCCGUACAUAUCGCGGCUAGGGCGCUUCAGCACCAACAUCUCGCCGUCGGGCACGCUGCUGAUCUGCCGCAACUUCGACUCGUGCGGGCGCAUCGGGUUUGUGGGCAGUAAGCUCGGCAAGGCGGGCGUGAAUAUCAAUCUCAUGACUGUGGCGCCGGUCGAUGCGCCGGCGGCGGAGGACGGGGCUGAGGCUGAGAGGAGCAGCGAGGCGCUCAUGAUUCUGGGCGUGGAUCGCCCGGUCGAGGACGAGGUUGUUAGGAGUUUGAUUGGGGAGGAGGGCGUUUUGGAGGCGAGUGUUGUUACUUUGUGA